AUGGAUAACGUUACAGAAAAAUUAUUACAAUGUUUUGGUCACCGAAGGUUUAAAAGUGAAUUGCAAGAACGAGCAGUGCGAGCAAUCGCUAGGGGAGUUCACGAUGUUUUCGUAUCUAUGCCUACUGGUUCUGGAAAAUCAUUAUGUUUCCAAUUGCCAGCGAUGUUGCAGGAGAAUAAGGUUGCAGUUGUUUUCUCGCCUUUAUUAGCUUUAAUUAAGGAUCAGGUUGAUCACUUGACUAAAUUGAAAAUCGCUGCUGAAUCUAUAAACUCUAAAAUGACUCAAAAAGACAGAGAAAGAGUUUUGAAUGACCUUCGUAGUAUGAAACCUAAUACAAGGUUUUUAUAUGUAACACCGGAGCAGGCAGCCACGGGUACAUUUAAAGCACUCAUGGAACAUCUAGUGAAGUAUAAGAAGGUUUCAUAUGUAGUUGUAGAUGAAGCUCAUUGUGUAAGUGAGUGGGGUCAUGACUUUAGACCCGAUUAUCUCAAGUUAGGUAACCUGAGGGAAAAAUUUAAAAGUAUACCAUGGGUUGCCCUCACAGCAACCGCCAGUGCAGAAGUAACUAAAGAUAUAUUAGCAAAUCUUAAGUUGCUAAACCCAGUUGCACAGUACAAAACUCCCAGUUUCCGAAGAAAUUUAUACUACGAUGUUGUUUAUCAGAAUUGUAUCCAGGAUGAAGUAGGGGACCUGGUAGAAUUUUUAAAGAAAAAUUUGAAGGAUGAAGUUAAUGUUAAACCUAAAGAUAGGAGUGCAGCCAUAGUGUAUUGUCGGACAAGGGAACAGACAGAAGAUAUUGCCAGCAUGCUAACAAAAAGAGGUCUAAAUUGCUUGGCAUAUCAUGGUGGUUUAAAGAGUAGCGAGCGUGUGUCUGUCCAAGACCGUUGGUCUAAUGGUGAAGUUCCGUGUGUGAGUGCUACUGUUUCAUUUGGUAUGGGUGUUGAUAAAGCCAGCGUGAGGGCUGUGGUGCACUGGGGUCUGCCGCAGAAUGUGGCCGCUUACUACCAGGAGUCAGGUCGAGCUGGUCGUGAUGGUAAGCCCGCCUUCUGUCGUAUAUACUACUGCCGCAGUGAACGAAACGCCGUAGACUUUUUACUGAAAUCUGAAAUAGCUCGCUCUAAGACACCCGAGCAGAAACAACGGUGUAAGAACGCGUACAAGAGUUUCGAAAUUAUGGUCAAAUACUGUGAAGAAGUCAGAUGUCGCCACAAGACCUUCGCAGAUUUCUUCGGCGAGGAGGUCCCUCAGUGCAUCACCCGCUGUGACGCGUGUACAGACGAGCGAGCCGUCCGCCGCGCGCUCGACCAACACACGCGGCGGGCGAUGAACGCUAGUCUGGGGAACACUGGCUUUGAUAAUAACGACUCCUCACACUUGUAUGGCGAGGGACGGCACGGACAGAAGAAAGAGGCGGAGUCAUACUAUGGCGACGGCAGCGGAGACUCGGACAGUGAUUCCAGCAGACGUCGGGUCGCUGAAGAAACGAAAAGUCUUAUAUUAAAAGAGUUCGCAGCCCGCAAGAAGAAUAAUGAGAAAAAUAAAACAAACAACGACGCUGAGUCCGCUAAACACUCGAAAUGUAGAUCAGCUGAGAGUACAGGGACCAAGGUGACCGGUUUAACGGUAGCGAGUCGUGAAAGCUAUCUUUCCUUACUCACUGAAGCGUUAAGAACGAAUAUUGCAAAUAUGAAAGGUAUUGAAGAAACAGACCACACAUUGUCGAGAACGGAUGUUGAACAGUUCGCCAUUGAAUUAGAAUAUGACGCGUUUUAUAAAAGCACCGUCAUAAGCCUGUAUAGGAGAGCCAUGUCGAAAUUGAUAGCAGCUAUCAAAGGUUGCAAGGACACCCUAUAUCCGGGUCUUAAAACUUUUGAACCAAAGAAAACGGAUUCUCUUAUGGAUUUUAUAAAAGAUUUCGAAGCUAAACGAGGUACUCAAAAGUAUCUAGGUUUUAUAACGGCCGCUCAGUUAGAGAACAGUGCAUCAAACACAGAACCAACUUUAUCUAAAUCCGAUAAAGACACUAAGAGGAAAGCGAAUUCAUUCAAAAAAGAUCCUUUGACUCAAACCAAAUUACAAAACUUCUUUUCAACCAAAUCAUCUCCUGAACCUCUAAGCUCAGAUUUGAGUGAGGACGAAGGCGGUCUAGUCAUAGAUGAGAACGCUAAAAUAUAUGACACAGAUUCCACUCUACUCACAGAAGAUAAAACGACUUCCGACUGUAAGGAAAGUUUAAAACCAUAUACAGAGGGGAACGAUAGUAAUUCCAGUAAUAAAAAACAAAAGAUGAUCGUGAUCAACAUAACCUUAGAAGGCAUACCGAAACACGAAGAAAAUAAAGAAGUAAAAGUUAAACAAGAAAAAGAUUGUAAACUAACAUCCCCCGAAAAGAUAAAGCCCACCGCAAAAAGAAAAAUAAAGGCGCUGUUCGGAGAAUCGUCUGAGAGUGAAACGGAAUGUAAUGAAAUAAAACGAUCUCGAACAUCACACAAACAAGAUGAACACAAGUCACCAAAUAAACAAUCACAUAGAAGAAGAUCUGGAGACACGCAGUCUAGAACAAAGAAGAGUAAACAUAAAGAGAAGAAAUUGAAGAAUUAUAAUGAAGACAGAGAUAGAAAGAUACUAGACGAAAACAAAACUACAGCCGGCCCCGCUGUUGAACAAAAUAUAUUAAACACGUCUAUUGUGAAAGAAGAGACUCAAAGUAGCCAAGAUAAUAAAGAGCUGCAUGAGAACAUUAACAUUAAAUCUGAAGUAAUAAGUGAAAAUGAAAUGCUCAAUUUAGAUGGUGACAAAAUAGUAGAUGAACAAUCUUUAGAUAAAGCAUACAAACUUAAUCUCGAAGCUGAAAAAGUAUUGCAGGAGUUGAAAAUGUUUUCAGAAAUCAAACCUGAAGUGAAACCUGAAGUAAAAGAAAAAAUUAAAGUUGAAGUCAAAGUAAACAAACCAAAGAGUCCAAUCACUAUGUCCAAAUCACCGACUAAACAUGGCACAAAGGAGAAAAUAAUACCCCACACUAAGAAAACUGAGACUGUUAUAUCUCCUGACAAACUUAAAGCUAAACCGAAAAUAAAAGAAGAAAUAAAAGAUGACGUUAAGAAAAAAGACAGACACAAAGAAAAGAAAUCGGAGAAAGUAGAUGUCGCCGGACUCGUUGUUAAACUGUUGAUGCCUUAUUAUAAGAAGAAAAAAAUUAGCAACAGAGAUUUGUUUAAGAUAACCGCCAGGCAUAUCGUUCAUCAAUUGCUUGCCAUACAAAUUACAGAAGAAAAGGCGAUAGAAAUGCUUCUUAAGAAGACUUUCAGCAAGGAAUUAAUAAUUGAAAAGGAAAGUGAUCUAGAGACAAAGUUAAAGUUCAACAAUGUCACGUGA